AAGGAAAAUUUCGGUCGUUGGCUUAUCAAGGGUUGAUGUGGAGAGAUAUUCACGAUGAAUGCGGAGGAAGCUAAAGUGGGCUGCUUUCAAAUGGUGUUAGUGUUGCUACUCGGAAUAAACUAUGUCAUCGUUGCCAUGAGUCACGCGUUGCCAGUUUUUUAUAAUUACACACCAAAAUUUUAUUGUCAGAUAAAAGAUUCAACGAAUAAAAGUUAUGGUUGUCAAAUUGUGGACAAUUCAUCGAUUGUUGCCAAUUUAACUUUUGCAUCGCCAGAAGCGCCAGCAUUUAUGUCCUGUUUCGGCGAAUAUCACUUCGAGACGGAGUUUAUGGAGAACAGUGUAGUCACCGAAUGGGGUUUAGUAUGCGAGAAACGAUAUCUAUCUUUUCUUGGACUAAUCGUUUAUUACAUAGGGGUUCUUCUGGGUGCAUGGAUCUCCGGAAUUUUAAUUGAUCGUAUUGGUAGACUUCCGGUUCAAGCGAUAUGUCUUUAUAUGCAAGGCACAAUGGCGGUCGCACUCUAUAUUGUGCAGAGCUAUCCUGCGUUUCUGGUGUUACGUAGUCUUCAAGGAGUAUUCGUUCAGAGCUUGCAGAAUUCUACAUAUAUUCUAUCCCUAGAACUAUUUCCAGCGCGAUAUCGCACUUUCGUCGCAUUGAUUAUGCAGAUUUUCUGGUCGAUGGGUCUCGUACUGCUUGCAGUACUUAGUUACGUAAUUCCUGAUUGGCGAAUUUUGCAAUUGGCUGUUUCUGUUCCCACCGCGAUCACCGUGCUGUAUAUUUGGAUUAUACCGGAAUCGCCGAGAUGGCUACUGGCUAAGGCAAAAUCAACUGAAGCUGAUAUGGCGCUCGAAAGAAUCGCAAUAUAUAACAACUUUUGUAUUGGAUUACGAACAAAGAACGUUUUUAUGCAUGAAGCAUGCUCGAUGCCGAUAAAAUCGCAGAGAAAGUCACGUGUCACCAGCGUCAAAUUUGAGGAAACAAGAAUUGACGAAGAUCAGGAAGAAGAAACUAUAAAUUUGUUAAACAAGUCAGAACAAACUGAACAAAGAAUUAUAGGAAGAACUCCAGAAAUCAAUUCGAUCAACUUGAAAAACAAAUUUUCCAACAUAGAAUUAUGCCAAGAGACGUCAAGUUCAGCGGAAAAUUUUAAUAAGCAGUAUUCGCCUUCCAAUUCAAAAUACGAUCGAGAGUCAAAGAUGAUUACACAAUUGAAAUGCGAUCAAAAGAUUUCUCUGAAAGGCACAGAGGAAGUAAUAUCGCAUAGAAUAAAAAAAGGAAAAAUGAGCAAAAAUGAAGAGAAAACGGAAGAUAAUGUUGCAAAUCAAAUUGCGAACAAGAUAAACUCAACGUUCAAAAAUACAAUUGAAUCGCCAAUAAUAAGAAAAUAUGGUGCUAUAAUGAUUUAUCAAUGGUGGACGUCUACAAUAGCGUGCAACAUACUUGAUGAUCUAGCACCGACUUUUCCAAUUAACAGGCACAUCACGUUCGUCCUGAGUGUAGCUCUCGAAAUGGCAACGAAUAUAUUUGUAUAUUUUGUACUAUCUAAAUACGGUAGACGACUGCCAAUAUGCACAUAUCAAUUUCUUAAUGGCAUUGUUUGUAUUUUAAUUGCGGCUUUCUUUAUUUUAAUCACCGCUAAUGCACCGUGGACCGACAUUGUAAAGACGACAAUGUUGCUGUUUGGUAAAAUAACUGUCACGAGUACCCUUUUUAUUGUUUACUUGUAUACUGUUGAAAUAUUUCCAACAGUGAUACGAGGUCGAUGCUUAGGUUUAUGUGUGAUGUCCGCAAAAAUCGGCAGCCUAAGUAUAUUGCAUUUACUUUUAUUAAAACAUGUAUCACUUUCGAUAUCGUUACUGAUAGUUGGAAUGUUAUGCCUCGUCUCUGGUGUAUUGGCUCUAAUUUUACCAGAGACACUGAACAAAAUUUUACCUGAUCAAGUGACGGAUAUGGAGAAUAUAAUCGGCGAAAAUAAUUGCCAGAGUGAUGAUAUUAAUAUAGAAAAUGAUGUGAAGGAAGAAAAUUUAACAGAGAGACAAAUUUUAAGAGAGAAACUCUUUUCAGAGAAUUGGGUAGAUGCUGGCAAUGGAAUUUUGGUGAAUUUUACGGAAAAUAAAAAUACCGAAUAA